AUGGGAUCAUCGGAACUGAGUUUGACUUGUAGACAAUCGGCUAUGAAACCUUAUAUUCCUAAAACGAUUGGUGAAUUUCUCGAAGAAGUUUCGUUGAUCAGUAACUCAUCUGAAAGGCUUUCUAAGCUUGAUGAUUAUGUGAAGAGACUCCAAGACGAAAUGAAGAAGAUAGAUGCAUUCAAACGCGAGCUGCCUCUUUGCAUGCUCCUCCUCGCCGACGCAAUUUCUACAAUGAAGGGGGAGUUAAUGCAUUGCAAAAAAUCAAGUACUGAGCCAAUAUUGGAAGAAUUUAUACCAUUGAAGAAAAUUAGCGAUGAUUCAGAUGAAAAAGUUGAGGUUCCAAAAGAUGAAAUUGUUGGCAGUAGUGAUAAAAUAAAUUGGAUGAGCUCUGUGCAGCUAUGGAACUCUGAUAAUCAAAAUCCUUUCCCAGAUAUUGAACUCGGCAAGAACAAGAAAGUCUUAAAACAAGAUAACAAAAGGAGAGCUGAAGAUGAAAAUAAUCGACCCGUCAAUUUGAUGGAUGAACUGUUACAGUCCAGUUCGUCUUCUGCUGCUAAUGGUCAAUUGAAUUCAAGGGCGGGGCAGCAGAGGAAGCAGAGGAGAUGCUGGUCACCUGAAUUGCAUCGGAGAUUUGUCAAUGCCCUGCAACAACUUGGAGGUCCACAAGCUGCAACUCCCAAGCAGAUCAGAGAUCUUAUGCAAGUUGAUGGUCUCACAAAUGAUGAAGUCAAGAGUCAUUUGCAGAAAUAUCGGCUUCAUACUCGAAAAGUCCCACCUACAACAAGCACCUCUUCGAAUCAACCCAUAGUACUUGGAGGUCAGUGGAAGUCGCAUGAACAGCAUGGUGAAUCCUCGAAGCAAAGCAAUUCCCAGUCGGGUUCUCCUCAGGGCCCUCUACUGUUAGCUGGAUCAUCUCGAGGUACUUCCAUGACCGGAGGCAAUAGUAUGGAAGACGAAGAUGAUGAAAAGUCGGAAAGCCGCAGCUGGAAAAGUCACAUUCACUUGCCCGGAAGAGACGAUCUUGACUACCAAAGGAAAUCAACCAAUGGCGAAGGGAGCGGAGGUGGCGAUCGCCAGGUUAAUCCUUCAGAAAAAAAAGAUGAUGGUGGUAUCAAAGAGGAGGAGAAAAAAAAUGAAAGUACAACAAGCGGCUCUUUCAAAUUCAAUGCGGCGGCGCCGGAGUUUAUGCCCAAAUCUCAGGCCUCGACCCAGGUGCCGAUAUCCGGGUAUAUUUACCCUUUAAUUCAAUACAUUGAUGGGAGUGGUGGGAAAUGGAUUUACGUUUCUGAUCAAGAAACGAUCCCACAUUUGGUCACUCCAAAUGCGAAUGUGAAGGGCCAUUCGGGUCAGUCACAUCAUCAUUCCAAGGAUGUUCUUUCUGAUGAGAUUAGGCAAAAGAUCAUUAAACAGGUAGAAUACCAAUUUAGUGACAUAAGCAUGUUAGCUAAUGAAGCCCUGGUGAAACAAGUGAAUAAAGAUCCCGAAGGCUUUGUUCCAAUAGCUGUUGUUGCAUCUACAAAGAAACUCAAAUCCCUCAACAUUAGUCAUCAAUUGGUGGCACGAGCUCUUCUAUCCUCUUCAAAGCUGAUUGUGAGCAAUGAUAGCAAGAAGGUAAAACGUAAAAACCGGUUCACGGAUAAAGACAAAGAGGAGCUGCAGUUGCGCACUGUUGUAGCUGAAAAUCUACCUGAUGAUCACUCGCAUCAGAACAUUGAAAAAAUAUUUAAUGUGGUCGGAAGUGUCAAAACAAUCAGAAUAUGCCAACCGCAGGAACCUAAUUCUUCCCAAUCUAAAAGCGAUUUUAUCAUCAGUCAUAAGCUCCAUGCACUAGUAGAGUACGAGAACGCCGAAACAGCAGAGAAAGCAGCGGAGAAAUUAAACAAUGAAAGAAAUUGGAGAAAAGGCUUGCGUGUGAGAUGCCUGCUUAGGCGUUCGCCGAAGUCCGUGCUCAAGAAUAGGAAGUCAGAUUUCGAUGGCUAUUCAGAUGAUGAAGAAGGACCGGUCCUUGAACUACAAAAAGAUUCCCCUCGUCAAAAUACCUCGGGAUCAGUUGAGAUUAAAGAAACUUCGGUUGGGUCGAAGCAAACUUGGGCUAGAGGUCAAGGGAAAUCUAGGCAACGGACUCAAUUUCACAGCAUGCGCAGCCUUCCUAUUCCAUCUUCUCAUUUGGGCAGCUCCUUCAUAGGUGAAGUAUCUUCGAGACAGACUGCUAAAGGGCCAAGAAUGCCAGAUGGAACCCGAGGUUUCACUAUGGGCAGAGGGAAGCAAUUAGUGUCCCCGUCUAAUCUCUUUAAACUCAGUGAGGUAAGAAUUGACACUUCUACUGAAGUUAGCCAUGCUGCAAGAGUUGGAAUGCCUUCAAGAUAUUGUAGUUAA